AUGGGUAAUCAGUGGUGGUUGAGCUCAUCGGGAUCAAGAAACCCUAUUAUCUCUUUCUUAAGAGACUCUUUGCCGGAUCCGGCAGAUAUUAUCAACUUUGAAGUGGAUGAUCGCUAUCUUUGGCAAAUUGGAGGGAAUGCUCCUAAAGAUAGCUACUCUUCCUCAGCCAUGUGGAAUUACUUGUAUAAUCAGUCUCCGGCAGUACCUUGGUACAGCAGCAAUGAGUGUAGGCAACAUAUCUUCUUCGACUGUCCUUAUAGUAAGGAGGUCUGGUCUUUCUUCUACUCUAGACUCCAUCUUUCUCCUCCUCCAUUGUUUGAAGAAGGACUCAGGUGGAUCAGAAGUCCCACUCAGGACAACAAUGUCAAUCUUAUUCUACGGCUGUCGUAUCAAGCUUCCGUCUAUAUGAUAUGGAAGGAGAGGAACUUUAGGAUUCAUUCACAGGUUUCACGACCUCCUGCUCCUCUUAUUGCUGAGAUUCAACGUCUGAUUCGCGCCAAAUUGGACUCUUUGUCAAGGGCACGGUGA